CCGCCAACAACACUUCACAUCACACCAUACCUUCUACAACAUGCCUCGAAACUGCAAUUCAAAGCGACGAGCCCGCAAUCGCCGGUCCCGAAAACCGAACAGGACGCAAAGAAACACGUGGCCGAGCGACACUAGCAAUGCAGAUAUCGACAGCCAUAUGUCCGACUCGCCAUACGGACAUCAUCGACCAGACGCUCCACUCCGUUCCCCCCUCAAAAACACAAAGUCCGACCACGGCGUCGGCAGCCUCCAUAGCCUUAAGAAACCAAAACGCACCUCACUCAGCGGAACCCCCAGCGACCCGCACCGCCCGCCUCGCCACGUGCGACCCGGCUUCGACCCCGAAGCGGCGCGCAUCGUGAACGACGCGCGGGUCGCCUUCCACGUCAGGCGGGAGCUCGGCGAUCUGCUGGCGCAUGCGUCAGCGGUGAAGGAGGCGACCGGGUCGGUUUUGCGGGAGGUGGCGUCCAUCGAGUCGGCUGCCAUGGCGCUCCAGGGAGGGUUGUUGUCGCUUACGGAUAUGAUCGCGGCAAAGACGCCCACGAUGGACUGGGAGCCGUGUGCCGUGAAAGAGUAUAUCGCCACGCACGAAAUUCCGACGCCUGUAUCAAUGGGGGGCAAUGGCGAGGGUGAAGAACAGACAAAGGCGCAAGGACUUCCCGAAACAAUGCAUCACGGGGACUUGCGGGAAGAAAUGCAACACGAAGAACAGCCACAGGAAAAGAACAUUGCUCCGUCCGUCAACAGCGACAGCGAUUUCAUAUUAUGAGCACACGAUGAAAAGUUCAAGAUUACCACGGAGGUGUUGAUGGGAUAGGUCUCAACUCAUGACUGUAGACUAACUGGAUGAUAUGUAGAGGUGAUACUUUCGGGGGCAACGGGGAUUCACUUGGAGUUGUGCAGACAGAACGAAAAAUGUGCCAUUUGUAGCAAUAUGCGAAUUUAUUGUCUUAUAUCAUACGCAGGGCAACCGGGUUUCAAUGUCUGUUACUAUAUUGAAGCUGGAAUUUG